AUUCAAUCAGUUGAUUCAACUGGUACGAUUUUAAAAAAUUUUUUCGCUAUAUUAAAUUAUUAUUAAUUAGAUUAUUCAUUAUUAAAUAUUUGAAGCAAAAAUAGUAGAGUAAACUCCAUGUAUCAGGUUAUUGUACUUCGCAACGGAAGCUGUAAAGAUGAACACAAUGGAUAUAUAGUUUAUUGUACUAUAACUCUUAUUAAAGGAGAGUUUAAUGUUUUGGUAGAUCCUGGUGGAUACUGGGAUCAAGAAGUUCUAGUUAAAGGGUUAAAAGAAAAUGACUUGGAUCCAGCAGAUAUUGACUAUGUUAUUUGCUCUCAUGGCCACUCCGAUCACAUAGGAAACUUGCAUUUAUUCCCAAAAGCCAUUAAAAUUAUUUCCAAUGACGUAUCAAGAGGAAAUGUUUACUUUAAAGAUAAUCCCCUUAAAAAGGGUGAAGAUUAUGUUGUAGAUGAAAAUUUACGUAUUAUAUCAACUCCUGGGCACACUUGCAACGAUAUUAGUGUUCUAGUAGAAACUAAAGAGUAUGGAAAAGUUAUUGUGGCUGGCGACAUUUUCGAAUGUGAAGAAGAUAUCGAAAAUCCUUCAUUAUGGAUGGAAAAUUGUGAGAUGCCCUCUACUGAUAAGCAGGAAGAAUCUAGGCGAGCUAUUACAAAGAUGGCAAAUUACAUUGUUCCAGGUCAUGGAGCUAUGUUUCAAGUUAAAAAAUAA